UGCGUGCCCGGCACAGCUACCCUCCCUCGAGAAGAAGGAGCAGCAGCAGAAGGGGGAGAAAAGAGGCCUGCUCCCCGCCCUCUUCCUCCUCCUCGGAGUCCAGUGACUGGGAAGAGGCGGGGCGGAAGUGGGUAGGCGGCCGGUCGAUUCCCGGCAGGGCAGCACGCCGGAGGAGCAGAGGGGCCAGGAACUGCGAAGGGAGCGGUAGCAGAAGCCAUCGAGCAAGGGCGCCCCAUCGAGCAAGGAGACGAGCGCCGCCCGCCAGCCGCACCAUGGAGGUCGAGAUGCCACAGGACCUGAUAGACAUUCUCUGGAAGCAAGACAUAGAUCUUGGAGUAAGGCGUGAAGUUUUUGAUUUCAGCCAGAGACAAAAGGAAUAUGAGCUUGAGAAGCAAAAGAAACUUGAAAGUGAGAGACAAGAACAGCUCCAGAAGGAGCAAGAAAAAGCUUUUCUAGCCCAACUGCAGUUGGAUAAGGAAACCGGUGAAUUUAUUCCUAUCCAGCCUGCUCAAGCCAUUGAACCAGGAAACACAGAUAUAUCCAGUAACUAUCCAGAGAGUACCCACAUUUCCAGACAAGGCGGAGAUGGCUUCUACUUCGAUGACUGUAUGCAGCUUUUGGCAGAAACAUUCUCAUUUGUAGACAACAAUGAGAUUUCCUCGGCUGAAUUUCAACAAGUGGUACCAUGCAAGACUGAGAGCAACCAAGACUUUGUUGAUUCUAAUCAGAUCUCCUCUGGUCUUCAGUUGUUCAUUCCCGAGUCAGCUGAUGCUGAGGCCUUGCAAUAUAUAGAACAAGUCUGGGAAGAACUGUUGUCUAUUCCAGAGCUACAGUGUCUUAACAUUCAAAAUGACAGCUUGGCUGAAGUAACCUCAAGCACGUGCUCAGACAAUACGGCAUCGGAGGCAGAUAUUAACUUCGCCUUCUACAGUGCGCUGCCUGCCAUGGAGAAAGAAGUGGCUCCCUGCGGCCUAGAGUUCCCGAACCAUUUGGAGCCUUCCUAUCCCAGCAGUGUACUGCCGGAUGAUCUCAAGCAAGAGACCUCUACAUCCCCAAGCACUGACUUUGGUGAGGAGUUCUACCCUUUCGUUGAUGUCAAGAUGGACAGUGACAUGUCUCUGACACCACCACCACCUUUUGUGGAUCAAGCCCUCACUGGCUUUCUAAACGAGCCCAUCGAUCUUUCCGAUUUUGCUCUGUGCAAAGCUUUUAACCGUGACCUGGCAGGAAACGCUCUGGAAGGGAAUGAUUCGGACUCCGGCAUUUCACUGAAUGCAAGUCCCAGCACAACUUCUUCUCCUCAUUCUGUUGAGUCAUCCGCUCUCUACAGAGACGCAGGCUUUGGCUUCAGCGAUUCCGAGAUGGAAGAGAUGGAUAGCGCCCCUGGCAGCGUCCAGGGAAGCAGUGCUAAAGUGCACACCUUUCACUCACAUGUCCCAGCCUCUCUGUCUCUUGAACCAAACACACAAAGGCCAGACUCACGACUCACAGACACACCCCAAAAAGAAUUACCUGCCAACCCUGGUCAUCCUGAGUCUCCGUUUGUGAAGGACAAACAGAACAGCCAGCAUGAUGCUCAGCUCACAAGAGAUGAGCUCCGAGCAAAGGCACUGCGCAUCCCUUUUUCCGUUGAGCAAAUCAUCAACCUCCCUGUGGAUGACUUCAACGAAAUGAUGGCCAAGGAGCAGUUCAACGAGGCCCAGCUGACUCUGAUCCGGGACAUCCGCAGGCGAGGCAAGAACAAAGUGGCUGCGCAAAACUGCCGGAAAAGGAAACUGGAGAGCAUAGCGGAGCUGGAGCACGACUUGGGUUAUCUCAAGGAUGAGAGAGAGAAGCUCCUUAAGGAGAAAGGAGAGAAUGACCAAAGCCUGCGGCUGCUGAAGAAGCAGCUGAGCACCCUCUAUCUCGAGGUCUUCAGCAUGCUCCGGGAUGAAGAAGGCAAGCCAUAUUCGCCGAGCGAUUAUUCGCUGCAGCAAACCAGAGACGGCAACAUCUUUCUCAUUCCUAAGACCAAGAAGCUAGAGACUAAAUGACGGGGGAUCAGGGAGAUUUGUGUUUGCAGGGCUACUUCUGGCUUAACAUUUCCCCCACAAUGCAAAACGUGUCCUAUUUUCAAGUGACUUUUACACUAUUCUGAGUAUAUACAUAUAUACUUAAAAAUCAUUAGGUUAAAACAAACGCAUGCACAAUGGGUAUAACUUUUAUAAAGCACUAGUUCCUCUCUUUUGAUAUAGCAGCCGAUUGAUUCCUUUCUAUUCUUGUGUAAAUAAUUUCAGGAUUUCUUAUUUAUAUACUUUCCCUAUUGUUUCACUGAACUGCGUAUCAAGCACAAUGAUCUCAUUUAGCUGAAGACCAGUCUUGCGUUUUCAAGUCGCGCCGUUUUAUAACUAUAAAUGGAACUUUGGUUGUUUCUUAUAUUUUUACUUACUUUGCUUCAUUAAGAAUGCUUGAAUGCAGUCUAAGCACACGAUUAAGGUGCCACACAGCCAGAGUUCAACACUGCAGAUGACAGUGGGCCUUUGAAGUGCUUAUCUUUUGCUGGAUUGCACCCUUAAUUUCUAAGUAUAAACAUGCUUUGCAUAUGAAUGUAUGCUUCAAGGGAUAAUCUUUAGACUUUGGACUUACUUGGGGGGGGGAUGGGAUGUGGGUUACCAGUUGAUUACAAUCAGGACUAUACAAUAAUCUCCUGUAAUAUGCUUCAAAGUGCGUGGGAUCGCUGGAAAUCUAAAAAGCCAGAGGGGGUGGUUGAGUAAGUGUCCACGAUUUCAAGUUCUAUCGAUGACUAAAUUUUUUUUUAAAGGGACAAUCAUCUCAGUUGCAUUUAUGCAGUUCACCUUUCUCUUGACA